AUGGCGGCACGUUUAGACCUCUCGUCUCCGAUAACGUCGUCCAAGCUAUCCCUAAAAUCGUCGCACCUCAGCCUUUCGUCGUCCUCGUCUCGUCAAACCACCUGGUCGCCGCCCUUCAAAGGAUCAACCUCACGCCUCUCGAAAUCGACCUCAGCGCCCAACAAGCCCUCAACCCGCCUCCGGUUUCCCCCUUGCGCGCUUCCCCCCGGCGCGCUUCCUCCCGGCCUCCGCACCGUGUCCUCUUCCGCCGUCCCCCGCGUCGCCGCGUCAGCCGCUGCCGCGUCCGCCGCCGAUUUUCCCGCAGCCGGGUCCGGCCCUGACGAGCCGCCUUUCAAUCUCAAUCCGGAAGAGCUGCAGGAGGAGCUUUCUCGCGCUUUUCGCUCCGCCAAGAAGCAGUCGAAGGUGGCGCUGCGGAAAAUAGCGGACGGCACGGCGGGCGCUUUGCGCUGCGCGCAGAGCAAGGUGGCGGAGUUUGAGCGUGAUAAUGACCUGCGCGGAAAGGCGCGGGAGGCGGUGGGCGCCGCGAACGAGCGGCUCGAGGAGGUCGCGUUCGAGGCGGAGAGGCACGCGUUCCGGUUCGACGCGCAGUUCGGGGUUUCGAGUAGAGUGGAGGAGAUGAAACGCGCCGUGGUUGGUGCGGCGUACGAUGUGGACUUAUCUGAAGCGGUGGGCGGAGUUCAGAACCACGCCGGCCGGCCAGCUCGUUAUGGUAUGCUUCCCCACCCCUCGCUGGCGGUCUCGUUGCUACCCUCCCCUACUGUCCCAUCGCUCUUUACGAGUCCUUGUCCACCUGUGGUCGUCGUCUCCGCUCUAGCCUUGUGCUCUUUGCACGCCGCUCUCGCUGCAUUUAACCUCAUUCGUCCUCUCUUUCUCCUCUUCCACUCCCUUGACUCCCUCCCAAACUCCCUCACUCUUUUUCCACUCUCGCCGUGGAUCGUCAUUGACCUUUCCACUCUCGCCCGCUUCCCUCCGUCCCUCAGUUCAGCGCUCGCCAAAGCAGCCUUCGUUGAGAAGCGUGAGUAUAACGAGGGGGAUUUUGAGGAGGACGAGUGGGAGGAAGAGGACGAGGGAGAAUGGGACGGAGGCGAUGCUGACGUGGAACGAGCCCUUGCUGAGUCAGAACAGGAGCUCUCCACGGGCAGUCUGGUGCUGCCGCCCGGGCGGCAAGCCCCGCGGGUGAAAUCGGCAGUAUUUGUGAAGAGCAGCAGCAGUGUGGCGCAGUGCCCUAAGGAUACGAAGAUCCCGGAGUUUGCUGUGAUUGGCCGAUCCAACGUGGGGAAAUCAUCCCUCAUCAACAUGUUGACAAAUCACAAGGGGCUAGCACAGACCUCCAAGAAACCAGGCAAGACGCAGCUGAUAAACCACUUCCUUAUCAACGACUCCUGGUACCUCGUGGAUUUGCCGGGCUAUGGCUAUGCAGUGGCCCCAAACGCCAUUCGAACGGAAUGGAACGCUUUUACAAAGGCCUACUUCACCUCGCGCACCAACCUGCUCACCGUGCUGCUGCUGGUGGAUGCCACCAUUCCCCCUCAAGCCAUUGAUGUGGAGUGCGCUGACUGGCUGGGGAGGAACAAGACCCCCCUCACAGUUGUUGCUCCCUCACUUGGGAAUCACCAUUCCCCACUCCAUGCCCCGUCCUUUAACCCCCUCCUCCUUCCCCAUUUCCCCUCCAUAUCCCCCUCACUGUCGUGUUCACCAAGUGUGAUCAGCAGAAGAAGGCCCGGCGGAAAGGUGUUGAUCGUUUUCUGUGCUUCCCCCCCCAAACCCAAACCCCUCUUCCCCCCUCCUCAGAUCCCCCUCACUGUCGUGUUCACCAAGUGCGACAGGCAAAAGAAGGCCAGGCGGAACGGCCGCCCGCCAGCCGUCAACGCGGCGCUGUUCCGCGCUGAGCUGGCGGAGUGCUACGCUGAGCUGCCACCGUGGGUGAUGACGAGCGCUGUGACGGGAGAGGGCAAGGACGCUUUGAGCUGGCUGGAGUGCUAUGCUGAGCUACUGCUGUGGGUGAUGACGAGCGCAGUGACUGCGGAGGGGAAGGAUGUGUUGAGUCAUCUUGUGCAGUUGAGGGGGUAUUGGCGGUGGUAA